GUGACGCCCGCCGGCAUCCUGGCCGGGACCUGCGUUAUCUUAUCGGCAUCCGGGCAACGUCGACAAAUCUCCGUCGCCAGUUUUCUGUGCAAUCCGUCACCUCGCAUGAAGCACAGGCAGCCUGCGCCUCGCCACAACCACACGCUGCUGCCGCCAUGGCCGUCCGCUCCACGGGAAGCGUAAUUCUGGCCCCGUUUCUCUACCCAACUAUCUUCAGGCCCCUCCAGGCCCGCGUGGUCGGGCCAGCCCUCUGUCGCGCCCACUCAUCUUCCGCUGGCCCGUCAACCGUCAACGACCUUCCCGAGUCGCGACUCAACCCCCGCCCCGACGACUACACAGCGCCGUCCUUUAUCGACAAGGCUGAGCUGACCCUCCAGGCUGGCCGCGGCGGCAGCGGUUGCGUCUCCUUCCAGCGCGAAGCAUUUCUGCCUGACGGCCCCCCCAACGGCGGCGACGGAGGCUUCGGCGGCAAUGUCUACAUCCAGGCCGCCCACGGCGAGACCUCACUCCACAAGCUUUCCCGACGCCGCUUCAUCCGUGCUGGCCGCGGGAAGCAUGGCCAGGGAAGCGGAAAGGGCGGCGCCAGAGGCGAAGACAUGGUCAUCACCGUCCCCGUCGGCACCGUUGUCAGGGAGCUGGAACGGCAGGAUCCCGCCGCCGAGGAGGCGCUCAACAUACAGGCCUGGCUGACCAUGCAGAAGCAAAAAAAGAAGGAGCAGCGAUUGGCCCUGGAGGCCAAGACAAAGCUGGAAACAGACAUUGAGGGAGAUGAAGUCGACCAAUCUACCGAGGACGACGGCAUCUAUCGCAGACGGCGGAAGCAAUUAGAGCAGGAGGUGGAGGAGGAGGACCUGGAGCUCGACGAUCCCCAACGUCAAAAAUGGCUCUUGUACCCGGGCAUGUCCAAGUCCGAGAUGAAGAGUACCUCGUUCCCCCAGCUCCCGCGACGCACAAGGCUCCUCCAGCAACCUCCCGCCCCCGUGUACCUCGAUCUCUCCCGCCCAACGCCACAGCCCAUCCUGCUCGCGGCGGGCGGCAUCGGCGGACUGGGCAACCCACACUUCACAUCCCGACAGCACCCGCGGCCCAUAUUCGCCACCAAGGGAGAGGAUGCCGUCUCCAUGAGGAUCUCGCUCGAGCUCAAGCUCCUUGCCGACGUCGGCCUCGUCGGCCUACCCAACGCCGGCAAGAGCACCCUCCUACGUGCCCUGACGAACAGCCGCACGCGCGUCGGAAACUGGGCCUUCACCACGCUGCAACCCAACAUCGGCACCGUCGUCUUGGACAAGUACUCCGGUCGGCCAUCGGUGCAGAGCCAAAGGAAGGCGGGGAUCCAAGAUGGCGCGCUCCCGGGGGCCGACGCGGCCGACGCGGGACCUCGAACGCGCUUUACCGUUGCGGACAUCCCCGGCCUCAUCGAGGGCGCGCACCUCGAUCGUGGUCUGGGCAUCGCCUUCUUGCGCCACGUCGAGCGCGCGGGCGUUCUCGCCUUUGUCGUCGACCUCGCUGCCGGCGACGCCGUCCGCGCCCUGCAAGCUCUGUGGUGCGAGGUCGGUCUGUAUGCGCAGAUGCGCGACGAGGAGGAGCAGGACCGCCAGGUCGAGUCCCGCGUCAACUGGGACCUCACAUCCGAGGGCAGCGCUGCACUUCGCGGGCCCGUCAGCCUCAUCAACGCCGAGUUUGCCGGCGGCAAGGAGCAGGUAUCGCCGGUGCUACACAUUGCAGGCAAGCCGUGGUUUGUCGUCGCUACCAAAGCAGAUCUGCCCAGCACGCAGGAUAAUUUCCGACAGCUCAAGGCCUAUCUAGACGACGUGACCGGCGGCAAGGCGGCGCAUCCUAGCGGCGUUGAUGGCGCGUGGGCGCGAGACUGCGCAGCCAUCCCGGUCAGUGCGAUCAAUGGCCAGAGAGUGGACCGCAUCGUGCACUGGACGGUUGGAUUGUUGGACGAGUGAGCGUGCGCCUCCGGUUCAUCACAUCAUGUACUGCCAAGUCCUGUACCAUUAGAGACCCUAUAUUUUAUAUUUGUAUUUCGACGUAAUGGCAAAGAUUGUACAUCUGUAGGCCCCAAAACAACCCAG